AUGGCUGACUGGGCCAAACUCAAGGUCGUGGACCUCAAGGCCGAGCUGAAGCGACGUGAUCUUCCGCAACACGGUCUCAAGGCAGAGCUCAUCGCGCGACUCGACGAAGCUGAUGCCGCUACGGGACCCGCUGCAGACGAAGCACCGGCAGACGAGGAGGAACAGAGUGAAUCAGCAGCACCGUCCGAAGACGAUGGAGCGGCCGAAACAAACGCGUCGCCAGUGGCGGCCGCCAGCCCUGUGCCGGCAACGACGACAAAAAUAGCGGCGUCCAACGAGACUGAUUCUGUGUUGGAGGAAGUAGUCGGAAAGGUCGCCGAUGUGGCCGAGACAACACAAACCGCAAACGCCGGUUACCUGCCGCCGACGGACCUGCCUAGCGAUGACUCGCAGAAGCGCAAACGCAAAUCGGCAACCCCGUCGCCCGACGAAGUGGAAACUGCAGCAAAACGGGCUCGAGCACUGCCAGAACGAGAAGAACAAGAAGAACAAGAAGAGCCAUCCCCUACACCGGUCAACGAGGAAGAGAAGUCGGAAAGGUCAGAGGAGUUGCUGCCGGCUGAUGGGCCUGCAGCAGCACCAGCACCACCUGCCGACGUUGAACAAACGCCGCCGCCCCUGACAUCAAACAACCCGCCAGCGGAGCAACCUCACCUGCCUCCCUCUUCUCCGUCUCGCCGUUCUCCUUCACCCACGCAUGCACCCGAGACAGCCGCCCUCGUCUCUGCCAGCGACAAUACCGACACCCACAUAGACACGAUGGACGUGGAUCACCAUGUGGCGCCGGCGACGCACCCGGCCACAGCGGCGCUGUACAUUAGUAACCUCAUGCGCCCGCUUCGCCCGGCCGACGUGCAGGCGCACGUCUGCGAGUUGGCGUCAGGAGGUGCGAGUGACGGCCAGGCCGACGACAACAGCGUCAUCGUCCAGUUCCACCUGGACCAGAUCCGCACGCAUGCGUUUGUCGUUCUGUCCUCGGUGCGGGCUGCGACGCGCGUGCGCGCGCUGCUGCACGACCGCGUCUGGCCCGACGAGAGCAACAGGAGAGCGCUCUUCGUCGACUUCGUGCCCCAGGACAAGAUCAACGACUGGAUCGCCAUGGAGCAAGGCAACAACAGCGGUGGCGGCCGACCUGGACGGUCGACGGCCCGCUGGGAAGUCAUCUACACCACCGGCGCCGACGGCGUUGUCGAGGCUCAUCUGAAGCAAGUUGGCGGCGGUGGCAGCGGCGCUCGUCCUCCACCGACCGGCCCGUCGAGCAAAGCCGGCAACGUCAACACCGCCACCACGAUUGACGCACCUACCGGCCCGCGCGGCGCUCGUCCUCGCGACCGCGACGACCUCGACAGCAGACAACAGCAGCCCGCCGCCAUCCCGCCGCCGCCCAGCGACCUCGACUACGAGCUGCAGCGCACGCGCGCCCGUCCGGUCAUCACCUUCCAGCGCGUCGCCCCCACGCUCGCGCGUCGCCGCGUCGACAACAUGCGCUCCUUUUAUACGGCGGACUCGCGCCGCCCGCUCGGCCGCGACUUCAACCGCUACUCGUUUGAGAGCGGCGACGGCUUCGUCGACCGCGGCAAGGAGGUCUUUGAGGGGAUCCGGCCGCCGCACCGGGAACGUGGUGGCCGCCGCGGUGGUGGUGGCCGCUUGGGCGGCAAGUUUGGCGGCGGCCGAGGUGGUGGAGGAGGUCGGCGAUCCGACCGCUACCUGCCUGGUGGUGGUGGUGGUGGUGGUGGGCGAAGAUGGGAAGAUGACAGGGACCGCGAUCGCCGCUAUUAG